ACCAGUUUCAUGGCCCGAGUCCUAUAAGAAUAAUGGUACUCCUCUUUUGGGUGCUUGGGAUUUUGAUUUAGAUUUUAAUCCUUCUCUCUCAGGUGGACUACGCUUAUAGUAAGUAAUACAGCUCUGUCUGUCUCUUUUUCUUACACCCUAUGGGGAGUUUUUAGCCGCGGGGCGGAGUUUGGAGGAGGAUCCGCUAAUUAUCACUCUCACGUUAUUAACAUGAGAUCCAUCCGGUUGUUCCUUGUUGGUCUUACAAGAUGAUGAGCUUUUGAAUCUUACAACUGAGCAUCACCCGAUCUUGGUGUCUUUUGGAUAGAAUUGCAUACUGCUUCUCUCUCAUAUCGUUUGCAUAAUGUCUCCCGAUCUGCAAGAUCCUGCCAAUAGGAGAGCUUCAUGUGAUCAGUGCAGUAUGUCCGCCCACCUCUCCCGCUUACAGUUGGGGUCCAUAAACUGCGUAUGCUGAUCAAUCUGAAAGGGCAAAAGAAGCUCAAAUGUGACGGAAGUUAUCCAUCUUGUGGACGAUGUACGACUCUUGGAGAGCCUUGCAAGUUCUCGGCGCGUAUGCCGAUGGGAAGACCCAAGAAGAGAAAAAUAACCUCUGAGAAUGAGGCCCAGGAGAGUAGUGCGAGCAGGACAUCGCCUUCAACUUUGGCGAUGAGUAUUGGGAGUGAUACGGGUAGUGAUAUGGGUAGAAGAGCCAGCUUCGAUCCGUGCCAACACAUGUCUGAAGAUGCGCCGUUGGAUCUCAUACCGCUUGGAAACGAGACAAACGUUGACCCAAAGUUAUUGGCAUUUGAAUCUGAUCCUGGUCAACAGACUUGCGCAUGUCUUGCCAGCUUAUACUUGUCACUAGAAGAAGUUCGAAAGGCAGAUGAUUUACCCUUCACAGCACGGUUAUCUGUUCUGCGGCAUUUGACGACCACAGCAGCAGGGAUCAUACAGUGUCAAGUUUGUCCGACAAAGUUUCUAUGGGCGAUGCAGAAUGCUCAACUCCUCAACACGCUUAUUAUAUCCUUGGCGGAAGGAUAUAAAAAGACUGUGAAGUCAGUCGAGGAUGAAGCGAAACGAGCUCAAGAUGCCAGAGAAUCAAAAGAAUUAUACAUAAGCGAAGGUCAACAGCUAGAAGCACCGUCGCAAAACGACCCGUUAGGAUUCUCGCUGAGCCUGGAUCCUCAGGAUUGGAAAAGUAUUGCAAACAAAGCUAUCAAAUCCGAGCUUUUCGGCACGCCGCAUUCGAACUCCACAUCUUUUGUGGCAAUGUUGCAGUUGAUGGAGGAUAGACAGAACCUAUGGCAUUCAGGGACGAGCCAUGUACCGCCGGGUAUAGGACAUCGGCUGGCACAUCAGAUGCAUGAUAAGGAUCCGCAUUGUGUGUCGGUUGUUAAGCAUACGAGGGACAUGAUAAGUCAUUUGUUGGCGGAUGUUUGAGUGGUUGGUUUGAUACCCAAGAUCAUGAGCGUUAGUUUUCUUGAACUCGAUCGUUUGCUUCCAAUACGUUGGAAUAUAGAUGAUAACUGUGUGAUAUGCGAACACAAAGCGAGGCAAGGUAUAUUCGACAAAAUUCCUAUGUCAACUUGCCAGACUGUAGGUUUCGAACUUCAAACUACCAAGGGUUAAUAUCAACGAAAGUAAACCUGUG